AUGUCCUUACCUCAUAAACCUGUGAAUGGCGAACCACCAAGAAAAUCCACGGAAUCACCAAAAAAGCCAGUUCGGAAAGUACUUGCUCCGCGCCGGUCAAGAAAGGAAGAAGAGCUGGCUUAUGGACGCGUAUUUCAAGGGUGCGGACUGCAAAGUGAUUAUGAUGUUACUACGAAACUCGGUGAAGGUACUUUCGGUGAAGUCCACAAGGCUGUUCAGAAAUCGACCGGCAAGCUCGUGGCACUGAAGAGAAUCCUCAUGCAUAACGAAAAAGAGGGAAUGCCCGUCACGGCUCUUCGAGAAAUCAAGAUCCUAAAGGCCCUCAAGCACCCUUGUAUCAUUGAAAUUCUGGACAUGUUUGUGGUUCGCAGCAACGAGAACGAGCCUCUCACUGUGUACAUGGUGUUCCCAUAUAUGGACCAUGAUCUCGCUGGCCUUCUAGAUAAUGAGCGAGUCAAACUACAGCCCAGUCAAAUUAAAUUAUAUAUGAAGCAGUUAUUAGAAGGCACAGAGUACAUGCACCGUAACAAUAUUCUGCACCGUGAUAUGAAGGCCGCGAACUUGCUCAUUUCCAACACGGGAUCUUUGCGAAUAGCUGACUUUGGUCUCGCUCGAGCUUAUGAUUCCAAACCUGCAGAUCACAGAGGCAGGGAACGGAAAUAUACCAAUUGUGUUGUGACACGAUGGUACAGACCUCCUGAACUGCUCUUAGGUGCGAGGCAGUAUGGUGGCGAAGUAGAUAUCUGGGGUAUUGGAUGUGUUCUUGGAGAGAUGUUUAACCGUCGUCCCAUAUUGCCUGGAACAUCCGACAUUGAUCAGCUGGAAAAAAUAUGGCAACUCUGUGGAACUCCCACGCAGCAUUCGUGGCCAAACUACGACACACUGCCAGGGUGUGAAGGUCUUCCUCGUUUCACACAAUCUCUUCCUCGGACGAUCAAGAUGAAAUUUGUCAGCGUGGAGCCUGAGACAGUCGACCUUCUCGAUAAACUUCUGACGUGUAAUCCCAAAGAGCGCAUUACGGCAGCUCAGGCGCUGGAUCACGAAUACUUUUGGACUGACCCGUUACCCGCGGAUCCAAAAAGUCUGCCUACAUAUGAAGCGUCCCAUGAAUUCGAUAGACGUGGGCAACGUGCACCUGUUCACCGGCCGGUUGUGCAACCUCUGCCUCCUGCUCCUAGACCGUCUUAUUACGGAAACGGUCCACCUCCCGGGCGAUACGGUGGCCCCGCUCUUGGAGGACCCCCAUUCGGUUCUUACCCAUACAACCCAGCCGGCGGCCCACCUCAGUAUCCUCCUAACGCUGGACCGCCCCGAGGAGGAUACGCUGGCGGUGGUCGUGGUAAUAAUAAUUUCAGAGGCUCGAGGCCUAAUAACAGUAGGCCUUUCCAUCCGCGUGGCGGUCCUCCUGGAGGGAGUCGCGGCGGUGGGCCACAGCCUCCGCGCAAUUGGAGGAAUGGACCUAGUAGUGGUCUUUCGCUUAAUUAUCCUCCUUAG